AUGGCUAAAGAUUACGACCUUGAUCUCCCCGUGCUCCCCGCAAUGCACGAGCGGAAUCAUCAACUGAUUUCAGAUAGCCAAUUAACCCGCCGAAAGCUUCAAGGCCUUCUCCAUAUCAUGACUGCGGAGCUCAAAGCUCGUGGAACUAAAACACCGCAUAUUUUCCUCCCUUUUCGUUCGCGUGUGGAUGAUACAAAGCUCAACUUGUUGCUCCGACGGAUCUUCCCAGGUGGAGUGAUGGUGGAUACUUCCCAAAAGGCUAUUGUGCGCACGAUUUUGAACGAUUUUGAUGAAUUCACGCUCAUCUGUGGCCUUAAGUACCUCUGGUGUAGGCUACCGAAUAGCGAAAUCAUCGGAUGGCCCGUUUAUCUUGAGUUUAAGCGGAAGGAGCAUGAAGCAGGGUACCCAAAAGAUGCAUUCUUGACGAUCAUGCCAAAAUGCCUUCUGUCAUCGUCACAUGCGUCCAUAGUGUAUGACUUUUUGGACCUCAUGAUAAGUAUUGCCUCAAACUCUCAGUAUAACCAUCUCAACGGGAGAAAGGUCGCAAAAAUGGCCAGUAUCUGGGCUUUCAGAAGCAGACCUUCAUCCACGUCAGCAUUCUACGACGCCACUUUGAUAUCCGAGAGGGACUUUCUAGACGGUCUUGAAGCGUGGAAGCAAAUGUGCAAUGGCUUGUUUCAUCUUCUCCUUUCGUUCUUGCGUGCAAUGCUACCGGACACAGAAGCAGAUACUUUAAAUCUUCCCAAGACGCUUCAAUCCUUGCUUAUAACAAACUCUUAUCCGCCACCAGAGAACAGCAACUCCGUCAAGUCAGUAAUUACCAUACCUUGUGUAAGCGUGCGCUCAACCCGAAAAUCCAAAGACCCAUAUGAGCUAAUCAGCAAAGUUCGACGCUCACUUUCAUUCGAUAAGAAGGACUUUUUCCUCUCGAUCGAAAAUUUUACCAUUUUGAAAAACAUUUUUCAAAAGCCGUCUACUGCUGAUAUUGUCUCUACGUUCUCUGAGGAAUCAAGGCGAGUUAUUUCACGCUUGACUGCCGAUCCUAUCCCCUCUGAAUUUGGUUUAUAUCCUGGGUGGGCCCAAGAGUCUUUAGAUUUGGAGGAACCGGAUAUUCCUUUGUAUUCAGAAGUGAGAAUCACGAGUGUCACUCUCCAAGACUACUUUAUCUGGACAUGGCUCUCCUCCUUAGGUUCUGACCAGACCUCAAACAUCAAAUCUAUAUUUGGCCGCUCAAUUGUGGUCGAAGCUGGAUUGCGUGGCUUUCAGAAGUGGAUGGUCUUGUCUGAAACCACCAUUCAACCUGAGGAGUAUAUUUCCAUUUUCAAGUCCCCGAAGAAAGAUGUUUUUGCUGAUUCUCCUAAAAAGUGCCCCUUGCCACCUACACCCAAACAAUCG